GGGAGCGGGGCCGCGGGGAUGGGAGCCUGAGAGGGGGCGAGUCCGCGGCCGGAGGAGCGCGGCGGGCGGGCAGAGGCGGCGGUGGUGCCAGUGUCCCGCAGGGGCAGGUCCCGGCGGGGCCGAGCCCGCCAUGGAGCCGGUGACCAGGUGGAGCCCGAAGCAAGUGGUGGACUGGACCAAGGGCCUGGAUGAUUGCCUGCAGCAGUAUGUCCAUAAGUUUGAACGGGAGAAGAUAAACGGUGAACAGCUGUUGCAGAUCUCUCACCAGGAUCUUGAAGACUUGGGUAUCACACGGAUCGGACACCAAGAACUGGUUUUAGAAGCUGUGGAUCUCCUGUGUGCACUGAACUAUGGCCUUGAAACAGACAAUAUGAAGAACUUGGUUCUCAAGCUGCGAGCGUCAUCCAAUAAUUUGCAAAACUACAUCUGCAGCCGUAGGAAAAGUUCAACUUAUGAUGGGAAUACAUCGCGAAAACCCCCCAAUGAAUUCCUUACUUCUGUGGUGGAGCUUAUUGGUGCUGCUAAAGCCUUGCUUGCGUGGUUGGACAGGACCCCAUUUACCGGUAUUGCUGACUUUUCAUCAAUGAAGAACAGAAUUAUUCAGUUAUGCUUGGAUCUCACUACUACUGUUCAGAAGGACUGCACUGUCGCUGACAUGGAAGAUAAAGUUCAGACUGUAUCCAAGACUUUAAAUGGAAUUUGCGAUAAAGCUAUCCGAUCAACGACGGAUCCAUUGAUGAGCCAGUGUGCAUGUCUGGAGGAGGUUCACUUAACCAACAUUAAACCUGGGGAGGGCCUGGGAAUGUACAUCAAAUCAACUUAUGAUGGAUUACAUGUAAUUACUGGCACUACAGAAAAUUCCCCUGCUGAUCGAUCUCAGAAGAUUCAUGCUGGGGAUGAAGUGAUUCAGGUUAAUCGUCAAACUGUGGUUGGAUGGCAACUAAAAAAUCUGGUGGCAAAGUUGCGAGAGAACCCUGCUGGAGUUAGGCUGCUUCUCAAGAAACGUCCAACUGGCUCUUUCCAUUUCACCCCUGCUCCACUGAAGAACCUGCGUUGGAAACCGCCUUUAGUGCAGACCAGUCCCCCGUUAACUUCAACCCAGUCACCAGAAAGCACCACGGAUACCUCACUGAAAAAAGAGAAGCCAGCCAUUUUGGAUUUGUACAUACCACCUCCACCAGCUGUUCCGUAUUCUCCUCGAGAUGAAAAGGGGAGUUUUGUCUAUGGAGGAGGCAACAAACUCAGUCAGCCACUACUUGGGUCCAAGGGCGCCGAGUCUCCCAAUUCUUUUCUGGAUCAGGAAAGUCGAAGGCGAAGAUUUACUAUUGCUGAUUCUGAUCAGUUGCCUGGGUAUUCCAAGGAAGCAAAUAUACUGCCAACCAAGAUGAGGGAAAAAACACAGUCCUAUGGAAAACCUCGUCCCUUGUCAAUGCCUGCUGAUGGGAGCUGGAUAGGAGCUGCAGAACCUUUCUCAAGGCCACGGGCACCCGGGAGAAAAGGUGAAGAUGUCCUCUGCAGGUACUUCAGUAAUGAAAGGAUACCCCCGAUCAUUGAAGAAAGUCCCUCCACCCAACACCCCUUUUCACGGCCAAUGUCUGAGAAACAGUUAGUGAGGGGAACGGAUUAUAUUCGAGGCAGCAGGUGUUUUAUGAAUACAGACCUCCACAACAGUGCAACAAUUCCUUUUCAAGAGGAAGGCGCUAAAAAAUCUUCUGUUACGUCAUCCACAAAAUCUUCCUCUGCAGAGCCCUCACUGCUGGUCAGUUGGAUCACGAGACUUAAAUUGUUGACUCAUUGACUGUUGUUCAUGGGAUGGUUACCAAGUGCCUUUGUUCAUCGGUCAGACUUCUCUGCUUUUCAGCUUAACUGACGCAUAGUGACUAAUGCAGUGUUCUUUUCCUGGAGAAUCUUAUAUUCUUGCCUUUUUGUUUGUGAUUUUUUGAUGCGUCAGAGGGUUUUGUAGUGCAAGGAGGGAAGAAAGAUAAAGAUCAAGUUCCUCUUAAUGGCUGAAAGUUGAGAGCAUUUAUUCCCAUCAAAAUGAGUAAACUUUAAAUGAUAUAGAAACCACACAUGACCUGAAAUCUACAUAACUACUCGGAAGAAAUCUUCGCAUUACAGUGAAUUCCACUGGCACUUCAUUUGUCCAAAUACUCAGAGGCUGUUGCGACUGGCUGGGUGUCAGGGUACAUAGGGAUCAGCAAAAGCUUUGUUACCUCCUGACGAGGAAAGGCAAGCAGGGAAACAGCAGUUUGAUGCAACUGUUAGUGGUGCUGUUGCAAAUACUGCAUGAGGUCAACCUUAUGAGGGUGAAGUAGCAUUUCCAUUCUUUCUCUGAUAUCCAGAGAUCUUAGGAAGAGAGAUCUUUUAUCCAGAGAUUUUUAGGAAGUUGGACUAAUUUAAUUAUAAAUCAAUUCAACUUGGUUCAUCUAUUUUAUUGAAAUCACAGUACAAAGUGCAUUGAAGAGCUGCAGUGCUCAUCCAUAAAGAAGUAUGGAUUGCUACAAGAUGUCAAGGAAAUGCAUCUGUAGAGGUGAUAAAAGAAUGCAUAUUUUUCCUUAAUUGUUUAGGAUUGAUUUGCUGUUAACCAAAGUAAUCUUUUAAAGACAGUCCUGUAGGACUUAUGAGAACUUUACAGUGGUUCAGUGUUUGAAUGAUGUGUUGUUUUUAUGAAAAAUAUGUGCUAUGAUACAUUACAAUUGUAAGACAUCUUGCUAUUUUAUAUAUAGCUCGAUUUUUUUUUUUUUUUUUUUUUUCCCUCCAGAAUUUUAGAACAGCAUUGGGUAUUUUUGGAGGAAAUAAAACUUGUUUAACAAAAGAAGAUAUUAAAGAGGUAUUGUUUAAAACUGAAUGUACAUAAGAUUGUUAGUAUGCAAACCGUUGUGUUUAAAGUAAUUUAAAUGUUAAAUAUAGUUGUACAUAUUUUUCACUCUUAAACUGAUGGAGUUUGUACCUUCAUGUCUGUGGUACUGGGCACAAAUUAGUCAAAUGAAAACAAAAAAGUCUUUUAUAUUCCCCACUAAUUUUAAGACUAUUUUCAUGAAUGUUGUGUUGCCAACAGCCUUUACUCCUUUGGUCUUACUGAAGAAAAGGAAAAACAAACUUCUAUUUAAUAGUUUGCAGGGAAAGAGGGAAGUUAAACAGUAGUUUGCACUUUGAACUGGGGUGGGAAUUGUAUGUGAUAACAUGAGUGUUAAAAACAUACCAUAAUUCUCACUGUGAAGUUGUAACCUUUCUGCUGCAACAGGUUCUUGAAAUAUACUACAGCCCUUGUAGAGACUUGGUGUUAAAUUCAGUUCUUAGUUAAUUAAAUUUGCUUGUUAUUUGUUGGUGAUUUAA